UUUAGGCUGGGGUGGACUGGCAAAAGCAAUUGGGUUCUACACAUUCCAUCGGAAUAUACAGAGGUGCUGACGUUAAGCAUUGAAAUGCAAAUAUAAACAGUGGUUUACUUAGACGCCUUCUUUGUUCCCAGAAAAGUGGGUAGCUUUUAAAUUUAUUUCACUACAGUGGUUUUAACCUGGCAUCUGUCUGUGACCGAAUUGUAAGGUGCUAGUGAGGGACACUGAAGAUACUCCGAGAAUUGUGUAUGAACACAUAACAGACUGUGAUACUGAAACUUGACAUUUUGCGCUGUGAUACACGUGGACUUCUUUUUUAUUAGUUUUAUUUUUUAUUACUGCUCAGAAGUAAAGUUGAGAUGAAGAAUAAAUAUUGCUUCCACUUUCGGGGUAUUUAAACGAUUGCAAAAUAUAUAUAUAACCCCUUUCAAGGAAAAUAUAUAUUUUAACUUUGAAAAGGAAUACCUAUUCAGCAGGAAUCAUUAAAAAGGAAACCAAAGGAUUACUUUAGUAUAAUGAAAAGUAAAAACGAUGCAAAAAUCCAAUGAUGGAACACGCUCGCUGAAGAGAACAUUAAAACAAAAAGGAAGAUAAAACACAAUUUAAACAAAGUAAUUUCCGGGAAUGGAAAAAGACUGGCACUGAAGUGCCACUGAGAGGAAAACGUGAACGUUUUGUUCUCUGUUAUUGCAUAUUACAUUUUUCGAAAGCUGAACUAAAGUUAAAAUGAAACCCUUAACACUUCUAUAUCGAACCAUACUUGGACUUCUGUGGAACUGUUGGGGUUUGAUGGAUUGUGUUCAUUGUGGUUUGGGGGACAACCAUGUCCAUUCCAGUUUUAUUUACAGGAGGUUGCGCAACCAUGAAAGACGAGAGAUUCAGAGAGAAAUCCUUUCAAUUUUGGGCUUACCACAUCGUCCCAGGCCGUUUUCCCCUGGCAAACAGGCUUCAUCUGCACCACUUUUUAUGUUGGACCUGUACAAUGCCAUGGCAAGCGAGGAGGAAAACGGGGUUGUGGACAGCACCCUGAAGGGGUCCCGCAGAAAGGCACAGGGAGGCUCGCGCAAAGGGUACCAUGCAUUUCCAAACGGAUUCUCUCGCGCAGCACAGUCGAACCGCACAUCCCUCCUAACAACCCAAAGACCCCCACUGGCAAACGCACACGAUACCACAUAUCUGAAUGAUGCUGACAUGGUUAUGAGCUUUGUGAACUUAGUUGAAAAAGACAAGGAUUUCUCCUAUCAGAGAAGGUAUUACAAGGAGUUUCGGUUUGAUCUCACUCAAAUCCCUGACGGAGAAACAGUAACGGCUGCAGAGUUUAGGAUUUAUAAAGAACACAGUAACGCUCGAUACGAGAACAAAACCUUGAAGAUUAGCAUAUAUCAAGUCAUCAAGGAAUAUCAAAAUAGAGAUUCAGGCAUUUUCUUCUUAGACUCAAAGAAGAUAAAUGCCUCUGAUGGUGGCUGGCUGGUUUUUGACAUAACUGCUACAAGCAACCACUGGGUGCUAAGCCCCCAACAAAACAUGGGCCUUCAACUUUGUAUUGAAACAAUGGAAGGUCGCAGCCUCCACAUCAAAUCUGCGGGCAUGGUCGGAAGAAGUGGGCCUCAGUCGAAGCAACCGUUCAUGGUAGCUUUCUUCAAGGCGAGUGGAGUGCUGGUUCGAUCAGUGAGGGCUGCCAACCAUAAAAGAAAAAAUCAAAACAAGAACAAAGCUGCUCAUCAUCAAGAUUCCUCAAGGGUAACCAAUGCUGGCGAUUACAACACCAGUGAAAAAAAGCAAGCCUGUAAGAAGCAUGAACUCUAUGUAAGCUUCCGUGACCUGGGUUGGCAGGACUGGAUUAUUGCACCUGAGGGCUAUGCUGCUUUCUACUGUGAUGGAGAAUGUUCCUUCCCCCUCAAUGCUCAUAUGAAUGCUACUAACCAUGCUAUAGUGCAGACCCUGGUUCAUUUGAUGUUCCCAGACAAUGUACCAAAGCCUUGCUGCGCACCAACCAAACUGAAUGCUAUCUCAGUGCUGUACUUUGAUGACAGUUCAAACGUAAUCUUGAAAAAAUACAGGAAUAUGGUUGUACGGUCAUGUGGAUGCCAUUAAAAGGGGAGGCAGCUUUUGGAAUGGCUGUUAUCAGCUCUCAAGAUGUCUGCUAUUACUGGAAAAGAAUAUCAACGUUGCAUACUUAAUCUAUUGUUUUAUGUACAGUAUUAUGUAUAUAGUAGUUCUGUGUACUGUUAUUUAUUUUUUUUUUUUCAUUUGGUGAUAAUAUUAUUUUCCAUAGUGCUUAAAUUUAAAACAGAUAAAACCUUGAUAAUUGGAAAACACUUGGUAAAUGAUUUGAUUGAUUUAAUAUUUUAAUUACAACUUUUGAAGUGCUUAGUUUAAUUCUAGAAUAUUUCUAAAUCAACAGCUGACCAUUACAUUGUUUAUAAUUUAGAACACCACGUGGCCUUAAACAAUUAAUCCUGAAAGUAGUUCAAUCCUUCCAAUGCAGCAAAUGCCGUUGACUUUUAUGUAAAAAUGAUUUAUUUUUUUUUUUUAUUUUUUUUUUUUUUAAGUGCACUGAAACAGUAUAAGGGGCCUAAGGUCAACAAAACCCUUAUUUAUAUUUUGUCAAAUAUAUGUUGAGAAACAAGCACCAUAACAUGGUUCUUAGUCUAUAAUUCAGUAACUAUUAAUUGUUAAUUUUACCAAGAUUAUCAUUAUUUAAAAAACCAUGCGUAUAAAACAAUACAAAGUAAGAGAUAAAGAAAUAUUGAGCUUUAUGUUUUGGCCUACAUAUUAUUCUGAAAUAUCUUCAUACUGUAUUCUGCAUUGAAAAAUAUAAUGCAAAUGAAUAGCCCAAUCCUUAGUUAGCACUGUAUGGAA